CCUAAAGUAUGUAUAUAGAUGUGAUUUGAGAUCGAUCAAGCAAUCUUAACCCCUGUAUAUGUAUCCUCAUGAAACUCUUUAUCUGGUUAUCUAGAAGUGAAAACUAAUUUCUUAUUAACCCAACAAUUAUCAAAACUUUAACCGGUUCUCACCUUAUCCAAAGGCAUGAACCGGCAUAAAGUCCAACCCUAAAUUAGUUCUCUCCAAGUUCGAGAAGAAGUUGACAACAGCGAUUUUCGUCUCUUAAACUCCGUCAAUGUCGUCUCCGGAAAAGCUGUCGCCGGCGCCGGAAUCGAACCCAAAUCCGUCACUUCCCGAUGCGUUGCUAAUAAGCUGUAUCGCACGAGUCUCAAGAUUGUAUUAUCCGACUCUCUCCCUUGUCUCCAAAAGCUUUCGAUCUCUCCUAGCUUCACCGGAGCUUUACAAGGCCCGAUUACUCUUGGACCGCACCGAGAGUUGUCUCUAUGUAUGCUUAAAGCUAAGUCCUUCUGAGAACCCUAGCUGGUUCACUCUCUGCCUGAAACCCGAUGAAACCCUAACUUAUGACACAAGUAAUAAGAAAAAGUCAAGUGGUUAUGUUUUGGCUAAAGUCCCAAUUCCACAUUCUCCUCCUGUGAAAAGUUCGAGUCUCGUGGUGGUUGGUUCUAAUAUCUACAACAUUGGCUGUAAUAUCUACAGCAUUGGCAGAUCCAGAUCACCUUACUCUAACGUUUCUAUUUUUGAUUGCCGGUCUCACACAUGGCGCGAGGCUCCAAGCUUGCCAGUGGAGCUAUUUGCAGUUUCUGCUGGCGUCGUUGAUGGAAAGAUAUAUGUAACCAGAAGCUGCAAAGAUGACGAUUCUUAUAACUUGAAGAACACUUUCGAGGUGUUCGACACAAAAACACAAGUUUGGGAUCAUGUGCCAAGCCCUUACAGCCAAACAAAACACAACUCUUACUCCAAAAGCCUAUGUAUUGACGAAAAGUGGUACGUGGUGACUAAAAGAAAGGUGGUUGCUUACAAUCCCAAGAAAGGUAAAUGGGACCAUGUUGAAUCAGAGAUGUGUAGUUACAAGUCUUCAUAUGGUUAUUGUGUGAUAGAGAACGUUUUGUACUCUGUGGAAAAAACAUGGCGUGGCACUGAUUUCAGAUGGUAUGACACUGAGCUAAGACAGUGGAGAAAAGUGAAGGGUUUGGUAGAACAACUACCUAUAAUUCUUGCUUGUGUUAGAUUUGCUGAUUAUGGUGGAAAGAUGGCGGUUUUGUGGAAGGAGAAUAUGACUUAUGGUGGGUCUAAUAAGAUGCUCUGGUGUGCAGUGAUUACGCUUGAAAGGCGCAAAAAUCAUGAAAUUUGGGGAAAAGUCGAGUGGUUUGAUCAUGUGCUAACAGUCCCUAUAACAUGUGUUUUAGAAAAGGUUCUUGUUGCUACUGUUUGAUGAAUGUGUGUGGUGUAUAUGCAACCAUGAUGAAUAACUUUUUCUAUUGUUUCACUUCUAAUCAUUUAG